AUGCUGACAUCUCAAUGGCUAAAUGAUGAGGUCAUCAACGCUUUCUUAAGUCUGCUCGUUGAUCGAAGCGAAAAGUCAAGCAAAUAUCCGAAGGCCUACACUUUCAACACGUUCUUCUACAAAAAUAUUCGCGACCCAAACAAAGGAUACAAGAGUGUUGCACGAUGGACUCGUAAGGUGGACAUUUUCGCGAAAGAAGUGAUUUUUGUACCCGUUCAUUUGGAUGUUCACUGGUGUAUGGCGAUAAUCAACAUGAUCGAGCAGAAGAUUGAGUACUACGACUCGAUGGCCGGCUAUAGCGACAGUGAUCAAUUUUUCCGACAGGAUUGUCCUCAACAGAAGAAUGGUUACGAUUGCGGUGUCUUUUCGUGUCUCUUCGCCGAAUACGCAUCGCGUCAAGCGGAUCUCACCUUCACUCAAGCCGACAUCAACUACUAUCGAAAGCGAAUGGUUUGGGAAAUUUGUAACGCAAACAUGCUGGAGUCU